AUGUACUCUGUUGCGAAGGGACUCGACGUCUCAGACGUUAAACUUUGCAUCAACACAUCGCAUCUGUACGAUUCACAAAGGCUGCGGGAUGUACAGGUCUUUGAUGAAAUCAUUGUCCAAGUUGGAACUUUGCACAUUGAGACGGAUGAGAACUAUGGCAUAUGGUCAUUUCCCCAGCUUGUAUUGAGACUGAGUACUCCUAAAGACCAGGCGGUCUAUGUGGAAACAUUCCGUAUUGGGAGGUUUGAAGUUGACCCAGAUCUCGGGUCCUUGACAAAUCACCAACUAGCCAAGGAAUGGCUUACAGAGUGCUGCCACGAUCAUGAAUCAUGUCUCUCGCAUCAGAUACACGAACUUCCGAGCAGAGUCAUCGAUGUCGGUAGCUCCUCGAAAGAAGGCUCGGUUCGUCUGCUUCUCUCCCAUGGCUUGAAAGCAGACUACGUUGCCCUGAGCCACUGCUGGGGUGGGGCAAUAUCGCCUCUUUUGACGACCGAAUCAACUGCCAUCUUCCAACAGAACAUCGACAUUGAAGUAUUACCGGCUAACUUUCGUGACGCUAUCACAAUAACACGUCAUCUUGGUAUUCGCUAUCUGUGGAUAGACUCUCUGUGCAUACAGCAAGACUCGAAGUCGGAUUGGGAGGUCGAGUCCAAGAAAAUGGGACUGGUAUAUCGAAACUCAACAGUGACGAUCUCAGCGAUGAUUUCCGGGCAUAGCAAGUCAGGGAUCCUGAAAACCAGCCAGUCAGCACAUAGUCUCGGUGCUUCCACCACUUUGGACGUCUUUGGAGGCGAUGAUGACACAUCUAAGGUCACUGUGAGACGGAAGAAUCUACAGGAAGAGAACCUCAUAUCUUUGGAUAGGCGCAGUGCGCUGGCAGAGCGUGGUUGGACCCUUCAGGAGUACAUUCUGUCUCCAAGGCACCUUUUAUACGGGCAAGAGAUGAUUUACUGGAGAUGUCCUCGAGGGUUCAAAUCUUCAGACGGCUUGCCGCCAGGCAAUAACUCACCGCACACGAUUUACAAGGAUGCUGCACAAGUCAUUUGCUCCGAUAUUCUACGGCAUCCUGAUGAGGUACCCCCUGAUAUCGAUGCCAUCUUCAGAGACUAUUCCGAGCUUGUCAACGCGUAUUCGCAACGAAAACUGACCUACGGCUCGGACAAGCUGCCCGCGUUUUCCGGUCUAGCCCAGCGACUCCAUCCAGCCAUAGGAGGUGAAUACUUGGCUGGGAUCUGGACAGCCAAUUUCAGACAAGGCCUGCUCUGGACAGCAGAGAUGAAAUUUUGUCAGCAUGUCAACGAGCCUUAUCGAGCACCAUCAUGGUCAUGGGCUGUGACUGAUGACCUAGUGCUCUUUGAGGGUCCACAAGCGGUUGAGGAACAGGUGGUGCUAAAAUCGACGCCAUCAAGCGCCAAACUUCUGGAAUACAGCAUCAACCCUAGGGUCCCUGACAACCCAUACGGCGAGAUCCUCUCAGCAAAGCUGGUGGUGGAAGCCUUGACGAAACCGUUCGUGCGUAGCCGUCAAGUGGUCGAGACCAUUCUAGACCCGAACUCGAUUGGAACUGCCAACUUUGAUGAGCCGGCUGGCCCCGAAGACUCGGUUCCAAUGGGCUGGGCGAGCCUUUUCCGCAUGAAAACAGAAGGUGGAGACUACAUAGUCAGCAUCAUCACUCGUCCAGGUGACGAUGCUGAUUGGGAAGUCGACUUUCAUUACUUUCGGGAGCAAGACUAUCUUUUGAUGCUCGUUUACACCGACGACGAUGGCGCAGAGGACGAUGAGACUGAGUGGUCGCAAUCGCCUGCGUUUUGCCUGAUACUUCGACAAACGAGCGAUGAAUCUCAGGAAACAUACGAGAGAGUCGGAUUCGCAAAGUUGCAAGAGCCUAGGCUGAGAUGGCUCAAGACUUGGGAACGAUGCGUUCUGACACUUGUGUAG